ACAUGAUGUACCGGCUACAUAAAAUUAAUACGGGCACUUACAAAUACAGGCUUUUUUAGUCCAACGGUUAUGCCGGGCAGCGGCCGACCACGGCCGCGACUGACACUGAAUUAGGUGGCUAAGUAAGGCAAGGACCCUCCAGGUCACAACUUAAUAAGAAGCAGAAGUAGUCACAUAAAAUCACAUAAAAGUCACAAGAGUACUUAUCCUAGGCGAGGCCCACAUAGACUUCCUUUGAUCAAUAACUAGGCCCCGUUCCCAACCGGACCAGCUUUACCAACUACAUACCUACAUACCUACAUAAACCAUACAUCUCGUCUACCAUACGAAAAGACCUUUGCUUUUAAUUCUUCAUAUUUGAUUAGAAACUCGCUUGAUCUUUGCAUCGAUUCUACGUUCUUACCAUCAUCAUUGCGAUAUUCCUAAGCAAUCAACAAUCGGCUUUUGAAGUAGGAAUCGCUCGGUAAUACUUAUUGACAAUGACGGACAACGCCGCCGCGGGGCCAGCGCCGCAGGCAGCAUCAACUAUGACGCUGGAAAACUACAGAUUCCCAGCCCACCGGCUCUUGCGACAGCAGAGAACACCCGACCGUACUCCGUUAGUGCUUGUCGCCUGCGGUAGUUUCUCUCCUAUCACCUACCUCCAUCUUCGCAUGUUCGAGAUGGCCAACGACUACGCUCGCAUAAAUACCCAGUACGAGGUUGUAGGAGGCUACCUCAGCCCCGUAUCCGACGCAUAUAAGAAAGCUGGCCUGGCAGAGGCGCAACACAGGGUGCGCAUGUGUGAAUUAGCAGCAGAAGAAACAUCAAGUUGGCUGAUGGUUGACCCGUGGGAGGCUAUUCAGCCCGAAUACACGCCAACUGCCAAGGUGCUGGAUCACUUCGAACACGAAAUUAACCACAAUCUCGGCGGUGUUUUAUCCGAGGAUGGUGAAUCUCGAAAGCCGGCCAAGAUCAUGUUGCUUGCGGGCGCAGAUCUCAUCGGCACCAUGUCUACUCCCGGCGUGUGGGCUGAAAAGGAUCUUGCCCACAUCUUGGGUAACUACGGCGCCAUGAUUGUCGAGAGGAGCGGGACGGACAUUGAUGAGGCGCUCGGCAACCUGAAGCAAUGGGAAGAUAAUAUUCACGUUCUCACGCAGAUGAUACAGAACAACGUGAGCAGUACUAAGAUUAGGCUCUUCCUUAAGAGGGAUAUGAGCGUACAAUAUUUAAUUCCGGCAACUGUUAUUCAGUACAUCGACCAGCACAAGCUUUACACCGACAACGACGAGGCCAAGUCCAAAGGCAAGGAGAAGCAAUAGAAAGGAUGAAGUGAAUAGGCCUUAUCGCUUUCGAAUUUUGAAUAAAUAGGUGUUUAGAUUGGCAACUACGUCAUGGUCGUACUUGAUGAAGAUCGGGUUCGGUAUCGCGCAGGAUGUGGUGGCUUGUAUUUCUUGCUUUUUCUAGCAUCUUGUACGAUCAGAAGACGGUCACGCGAAUUAGUCCGACACACAACAGUUCCAAUGUUGCAGACCACAAGCCACGGAAGCUGAAAUCUGCGGGGGGCGCAUCUAGGGGGCAUACGUACUCCGAAGACAGACCAGGGUAGCUUUCAGCCAAGGGGAAUUACGGAUGAGAGGCAAAAGAGGGGCUUUCUCUAGAGGGGCUUUCUCUAUUCGAAAAUGGCAACGUCGUUCGUGACCACGCAUCGUGUACCACGGGAGAUAUGCGUGCUCCCGACAGCUUUGAGACGCUGACUCAUGGGGGCAUCCCGCGUCAGCUUCGUAGUUUUUCUAAUUUUUCUUUUUCUUUCGUCUCUUAUUCGGGAUGCGAUAAUUUUACUGCGCGACCUCGUUAGCGGUUAGAGAUGAUAUCCGUUACUUAACGUACUCAUAGCAUAGAGUGUACAUACGCACAGUACAGUAUAGUAGGGUGCUGCAAUUUGAAUUUAUCGGGUCUGCUAAUGGCCUUGGCAUCUCACUCA